UGGGGGCAUUUAAAGUUUUGUUCUAUGCGAUCUUGGGCUCAGUCUUAGUGCGAACUUGUGUGACGGGCGAUGCGGCUUUUUGCAGCUGUUGGUCUUAAAUUACGACAAUAAGUACUUUCAAGUAUUCAAGUAAUAACUUUAGGCCACAACCGCAUUAAGCCAAAGUCACAAAAUGCCGGCAAUUGAGCACAAAUUGAAUAUCACUGAGGAGGAAAUACCCGAUAAUAUACGUCUAAUAUCGGAAAAACAAGGAGAAUGUCCAAAGACCAAAAAGGAAACCAUUGCCGAAUUCCGUCAUUACAUUUUAGAUCAAAAACAGUGCCAACCACAUCGUAAUGAUGAUAAGUACCUAGAGAAGUUUUUACGGGCCCGCUACUGGAAAAUUGAUAACAGUUACAAAUUGCUGUGCAGCUAUUAUAAGUUCCGAGAGGAGAACAAAAAGUUCUACGAGAAGGUUCGUCCCUUUGAUCUGCGGCAUCUCGGCGAUGAGGAUAUAUUGACAGUGACGCCGUAUCGCGAUCAACUUGGACAUCGUAUACUCAUCUAUCGCUUUGGACUCUGGCGACCAAAUCGUGUUACUGUUGAUGAUAUCUUUCGUGCAACCAUCGUGCUACAAGAACUUGGAUCAUUGGAGCCAAUCUCUCAGAUUAUGGGAGGUGUUGGCAUCUUCGAUCUAAAAGAUUUGGGCCUGGAGCAUUUGCUGCAUCUGAGUCCGAGUGUGGCUCAAAAGAUGAUUGCUCUACUGGUGACUUCUAUGCCCAUUCGCACUUCAGCCCUGCAUAUCGUUAAUCAGAACUGGCUGUUCAAUGCCGCAUUUAAGAUUUUCAAACCUUUUCUCAAUGCCGGCAUGCGGGAACGUCUUUUUGUACAUGGCAGUGAUAUGAGUUCCUUGCACAAACAUAUUAAUCCUGAGAAUUUACCGAAGAGAUAUGGAGGUAUGCAUGAGGAUUAUUCCUAUACCUUGUGGUUGGACAUGCUGCAGCAUGACUGUGCAGGCAAUUCAGUUCAAAAGGAUAUGGAACAGCUGGGAUUUAUUUUCGAAUAAGUUGUGUCUUCUCUCUUAUGGUGUUCUCUCUACUUCUAUUUUCUACUUAAACUGGGAAAUGUCAAUUAAUAAGGCAUAUAAUUUUAAUUUUCAUUAAGUUCCGGUAACUCAUAUAUGUAUAUCUGCAGACUUACACUUUUAAAAAAUAAUAUGUUUAAUCUAUAGGAAA